GCUGAAUAGAUUGGAGCCCUAGUCUGUAUAUGAUGGGAGUCUUGCUUAGCAUAGGGUUGCCGUUGCCAGAAAAUGAAGCCACUAUGGACUUUGCAAAGGACGGACUUUAGUAGGAUGACAAGAUGCUGCUUCCUAGGACUCCGAUGGCUUGUUUUCUCAUUAGCCACCCUGUGGAUUGUGUAAGCAAAAUGGAAGCGAGGAAAGGAAAUUGGCUGACACAGGAACCGGAGUGAGACCGAUGAACCCACCAUGAACUUGUGUCUCCUCCCUUCUCCACUUUAAAGGCCAACGGCAGGUGAAAUUGCCGGAGAGCGAUGGCUCUCUUUACUCCGUGGAAGUUAUCCUCUCAGAAGCUGGGCUUUUUCCUCGUGACUUUUGGCUUUAUUUGGGGCAUGAUGCUCCUGCAUUUUACCAUCCAGCAGCGAACUCAGCCUGAGAGCAGCUCCAUGCUGCGUGAACAGAUCCUGGACCUCAGCAAGAGGUACAUCAAGGCGCUGGCAGAAGAAAACAGGAAUGUGGUGGAUGGACCAUACGCCGGUGUCAUGACAGCUUAUGAUCUGAAGAAAACUCUUGCUGUGUUGUUGGAUAAUAUAUUGCAGCGCAUUGGCAAGUUAGAAUCGAAGGUGGACAAUCUGGUAGUCAAUGGCACAGGAACAAACUCAACCAACUCCACUACAGCUGUUCCCAGCUUGGUAGCACUUGAGAAAAUUAAUGUGGCAGAUAUUAUUAAUGGAGCUCAAGAAAAAUGUAUAUUGCCUCCUAUGGAUGGCUACCCCCACUGUGAGGGGAAGAUCAAGUGGAUGAAAGAUAUGUGGCGUUCAGAUCCCUGCUACGCAGAAUACGGAGUGGAUGGGUCCACCUGCUCUUUUUUUAUUUACCUCAGUGAGGUUGAAAAUUGGUGUCCUCAUUUACCUUGGAGAGCAAAAAAUCCCUAUGAAGAAGCUGAUCAUAAUUCAUUGGCGGAAAUUCGUACAGAUUUUAAUAUUCUCUACAGUACGAUGAAAAAGCAUGAAGAAUUCCGGUGGAUGAGACUGCGGAUCCGGCGAAUGGCUGAUGCUUGGAUCCAAGCAAUCAAGUCUCUGGCAGAAAAGCAGAAUCUUGAAAAGAGAAAAAGGAAGAAAGUCCUUGUUCACCUGGGACUCCUGACGAAGGAAUCUGGAUUUAAGAUUGCUGAGACAGCUUUCAGUGGUGGCCCUCUUGGUGAAUUAGUUCAGUGGAGUGAUUUAAUUACAUCUCUGUACUUACUGGGCCAUGACAUUAGGAUUUCGGCUUCACUGGCUGAGCUCAAGGAAAUAAUGAAGAAGGUUGUGGGAAACCGAUCCGGCUGUCCAACUGUAGGAGACAGAAUUGUUGAGCUCAUUUAUAUUGAUAUCGUAGGACUUGCUCAGUUCAAGAAAACUCUCGGACCCUCCUGGGUCCAUUACCAGUGCAUGCUCCGAGUCCUGGACUCAUUUGGCACUGAGCCAGAGUUUAACCAUGCUAACUAUGCCCAGUCUAAAGGUCACAAGACCCCCUGGGGAAAAUGGAAUCUGAACCCACAGCAGUUUUACACCAUGUUCCCUCAUACCCCAGACAACAGCUUUCUGGGAUUUGUGGUCGAGCAGCACCUGAACUCCAGUGACAUCCACCACAUUAACGAAAUCAAAAGGCAGAACCAGUCCCUUGUGUAUGGCAAAGUGGAUAGCUUCUGGAAGAAUAAGAAGAUCUACUUGGACAUUAUUCACACAUACAUGGAAGUGCAUGCCACCGUUUACGGUUCCAGCACAAAGAAUAUUCCCAGUUACGUGAAAAACCAUGGUAUCCUCAGUGGGCGGGACCUGCAGUUUCUUCUCCGAGAAACAAAGUUGUUUGUUGGACUUGGGUUCCCUUAUGAGGGCCCAGCUCCCUUGGAGGCCAUCGCAAAUGGAUGUGCUUUUCUGAAUCCCAAGUUCAGCCCACCCAAAAGCAGCAAAAACACGGACUUUUUCAUUGGCAAACCAACUCUGAGAGAGCUGACAUCUCAACAUCCUUAUGCUGAAGUUUUCAUCGGCCGGCCACACGUUUGGACUGUUGACCUCAGCAAUCAGGAGGAAGUUGAGGAUGCAGUGAAAGCAAUUUUAAGUCAGAAGAUUGAGCCAUACAUGCCAUAUGAAUUCACAUGCGAGGGGAUGCUGCAGAGAAUCAAUGCUUUCAUUGAAAAACAGGACUUCUGCCACGGGCAAGUGAUGUGGCCACCUCUCAGUGCCCUGCAGGUAAAGCUUGCUGAGCCUGGACAGUCCUGCAAGCAGGUGUGCCAGGAGAACCAGCUCAUCUGUGAGCCUUCUUUCUUUCAGCACCUCAACAAGGACAAGGACAUGCUGAAGUACGAGGUGAUCUGCCAAAGCUCAGAGCUGGCCAAGGACAUCCUGGUGCCCUCCUUUGACCCCAGGAGCAAGCACUGUGUGUUUCAAGGUGACCUCCUGCUGUUCAGCUGCGCAGGCGCCCACCCCAGGCACCAGAGGAUCUGCCCCUGCCGGGACUUCAUCAAAGGCCAGGUGGCUCUCUGUAAAGACUGUCUAUAGUGGCCACUGGCACAUGGCCCCACAUGCACUCCACUGGGGAAGACAGUGGCUCCAGCCCCGUCCUGGCAGAGCCAGGGGGUUGCAGACCUCAUUCAGGGACUCUUGCCAGAGCCUGAAGUUUUUGUUGAAAGGUUUCUAUUUGGGAAUGCUCCUAGUGGGUCAGAGCACCACAGCGGAGUUUUCCCCAAAACAAAACGAGAGCAGGAGGGGAGCCUGGCUUCUUCCCAGCACAACUUCGUUUUAUUUUUUGAGGAGCAACUGUACGGAGAAUCUGUCGAUGCAGCUGCUCCAAGAUAGAGAAUCUCAAGAUUCACUUAAAACAAAACAAAACCAGAGGAGGAAUUGGGCUGGUUGGAAAGAACUUUGUGUGGGAACAUUCCUGAAUCCAUUAAGUUAUUUAUUUGGGAGGGAGGGAGGGGGAAGAGGGGAGGGCAAAGAGGGAUCACACGUCUUUUUUGAUUUUCCACUGUUUACCAUCCACCUUCACAAUAAUGUAUCUGUCAACUUCAGGCGAGGUGCAGGAGGGACAGAGACAGGGUGCACUUUGGGGCUGGUGACACACUUAGAGCAGCUGUGGGGACCACGCUCCUCAAUGUGGAUAGUGGCAAAACAAAAGAAAAUCUCGUGUGUGUGCUUGAGGGAUGGCAGCUAGAGGACAGGUGCCCCCUGGGCAUGUGGGGCUCUCGGUCAACUUGAUGUUGGCCUGGGGAGCAAGGGCAGGCCAAGAUGAAUGUGACUCACUGUCCUGGCUGCUCCCCCUUGGGGGUGCGGAUGGGGGUGGCUUGCAGGGGAGUCUGAUGCUGGCUUUUACUCCAGGCGCGAAUAUUCUGAGGGGGUUGAGCCAGUUGGCAGGUUGGCCUGGUCAGACUCAUUUGACCCCCUUUCCAGCCCCAGAGUCUCUGUGCUCUGCCCUCGUGUGAGUUUUCCACUCCCAUCACCCCACCCCCACUAAGCACUGUUUCAGUUCUCUGGGUAUAAGUGUAUGUUUCCUGUGACGCCCCUGGCAUCUCCAUGCUGGUAAGUGAGCCCUCUCCCUCUUGCGGAAUGUCCCAGCGCUCAGGGGUGGUUUUGAGUGCCUUGGCGCCACCAGCAGCCCUGGCUUCCCAGCACCAUGAGUGCCCUUGGGCAGCUGGCCCAGCCUCCACCAGAUAGAACAGCUAACAAGACUGAUGGGUGGGUGGGCCUUCAAGAAGUGAGGCUAAAUGAAGGAAUCUGUUUCAGAGGACCAGAGAGAGAGUGGAGGGAGCCUUUAGGUUAUGAGAAGUCAGAUUCUGCCUGCUCCUUGAUUCUUCCUUGGUGCAUAAAUAAUACCAAAUGCACAAUCAGUCUUUUCUUUUUUUUUUGCUUAUCUCUCAGUGGGUCUGAAUCACACCUCCAGUCUUUGAGAAUGGAAGGGCUAAAGAGGGGCAGCUAGGGUCCCCACCUCAUGUGGCCCAUGAGUACAUGUGCUAGGGAGAGCGCUGAUGGGGAGGCCGGGGCCCAGCAACAAGGGCAGAAGUUCGAAGGAAACCUUGGUAGUAGGGUGUGAGUUAGUAUGUUUUUUAAACUUUGCAAGGGCAGUUUGCUGCAGUUGGAGGAGAAAUAACUGCCAUCCUUGCUGUUAGGAGCUGCUUUUCCCUAUGAAUGGGCCCGUUGACUGCACCCUAAAUUGUGGGAAUUUGCUUGCGGGCCCAGGCCUAUAAUUCCUGGGCCAGUGCUGCCCUCUCCUGGGCUCUUCUGGGAGCUUCCAGUGCUGAGAAUGUCAGUGCAGGCAUUCAACCGGCAGGGAGAGCCUGUGGGCCAAGACCGAUUUCCCAUGCUCAGUGAAGUUAACUUUUUGCAAAGAGCUGUUUAAACAAGCACGGGAAUUCAGAAAGCAAGGAAGCUGGGAAGCUCUGUUCUGUGGAAAGACGCUGUGCCUGCCUUGUGUCCCAGAAGCUGCAAGGAUUGUUUACUGGCUGCCCCUGAGCUCAGGGCCUCUCUCCUUUCCCAUUCUUUCUGUGUCAGGCCCCUCCGAUCAGGCAGACCAGCAGCGUACUUUCCCCACUUCCGAUGCCACUUGCUUCUGCCAGUCCAGUAUUGGCCAAAGUGAGGCGCAAUUCUGCUGGUCGGGCUGCAGCUCCUGGUGCAGACCAAGCCACAUUCCAGUUGUUGAGGGCAUUAUGAAUAGAGGCUCUGACACCGGAGGUACACGGGCUCCUGGGCCUCCAUGAACUUGCCCCACGUCAGGUCAGUGGCCCACAAGAGAAAACUGGGAGGGACUUCCAUCUGCCCUGUGUGGAAAGGGAUUGACCCCUGCCUGUUGUGGAAGAGGAAGGUGAUCUGAGUAUGGGCCUUUGGUGGGUUUUUUUUUUUUUUUUAACUAAAUUUAUUGGGGUGACAUUGGUUUCUAAAGUCAUGAUUUUUCUUAAUAAACUCUAAACCAAUUUGUAACUGACUAGGCCAGGAACAGUGUCUUCCUGUGCUAUGAGCAUAUCUUGCCAGAUCUGUAUGUAACAUUUUGUACUUUUUUUCCUAAGUGAAAUUUGGCUCCCCCUCCCCCCACCCCUCACCGCCCCCACACACUGUUAUCCUAAGUUCUUAAAAAACUUGAAGGAAAGCAUUUAUCUAAUUUAUUAAAAGAAAGCAAGCUUUCCUUUGACAUGUAAACACUUUCAGGUGUAAAAACUCAAAGGGGAAACAUACUUCUUUUAAUGCCAGUAAACACCUCAUUUAUUUCAUGUAUGUAAUUUGAUUUGCACAUGUACAAAUGGAGAGGUUUUUUGCAUUUGUGCCUAGAUUGGGCUUUUGUCACUGAUUAUAGUUGGCUUUUUUGUGUUUGCUGUAUGUUCAGAAAUAUUGAGCGUCCGUUUCUUUGACGAUAUUUAUUGUUUCUCUGAUGUGCCUUUUCACUUUUAUUUGGGGUUGAUUUUUGCAAUCUAGGUGUCGAAGGAAGAGCACAGACUGUUUUUAGCUUGGAGAUGGGACCUGUCCUUGCACCACUGUGGAUGCUCAGGCUAGGCACCAGAAAUGCCUUUCAAGCCCCCUAAGCCACCACAUACCUGUGUGAAACCGUGAGAACCCCAAGGCCUGGCUUCCUCCAGGCCCGCCCAUGCUUUCCCAGGCUGCUGUCAUGUCUUUAGGUCUGGGAAUUGCUAGUUGCCAAUGUGCCAGUGGGCCUGUCUGUGCUCCCUGCUACCAGGUACCUGGUGAGGUACGGCUGGGGCAGAAGACCGGCCCUAACUGAGGGACUGCACUGAAGAGAGCAGUCCCUGAUGAGCUCAUUAGUAGCACUGGCCCCUAACUAAACACUUUAUCUGGUUAAUAUCAUGAAGGGAGAGACUAUGCACCCCUUUUUUGUUUCCUUCGUGAACACAGGGUUUAAUAAAAGUGACUACUUUGUUUCCCAUUUGAGAAGACAGCCCCAGUGCAUCUCACUGGCAGUGAAGGCAUAAAUGUGACAGGUUGGACUGAAACUGUGUGUCGUUUAUAGGUGAGUUUGUGCUUUUUUGACCAGACCAAGGCAGGCCACCCCAUUUCUCCAAGAUGGUUUACCGGGAUCGUGUAUAUAAUUAGGAUAUUACCACCUUCUCCCAUGCCCCCAAAAUUCUUGAUUUGAAAAAACAAAAAAACAAAAAAACAAUUUUGUUAACGACAGGCUCUGUUGUAUGUGUUACUAUCCCAAGUCUGGAUUGUUUUAUUUAUUUAAAAAUAGUUUAAUUUUCGUAUUGGCUUCAUUCUAAUCCCAUUCAUCCCUAUAGGGCUUCAGAGCACCUUCAUGUGAAGAGAUAGAUGAACAUAGAUUUAGACUUCUCUAGAAAGGUGGGAACUUCCUAAAGCCGAGGGUGAGUUCCUUUCAUUCUCGGUGGCUUCAACAAAGCGUGGAAAACCAACUUUUUAUAGCAAAAGGCCAAAUUAGCUGUAUAGUCUCAGAUGCAGGAAAAAAAUUACCCUAGCUUUCUUAGCAUUUAGGGUUUUUGUGAGGAUUCAGUGUUUAGAAGCGUCUGGCACAUAGUAAGCCCUAGUAAAUGUUAAAUUGUUGUUGUUGUUGUUAGCAUUUCAUAUGAUUAGAGAAAUAAAGAGCUGAGCUCACUCCCUGUUGAUUCAAAAGUAA